AAGAUGGGGAUUCAUUCAGGGGAAAAUGAGGACAAAGCAAAGUCUUCGAGAUGCAGCUGGGUGUCGAUGAAGAGUAACCACUCAAUGGGAUUUCCUUUAAACUUCAAUAAUAAACCUGCACAUAAUUCACACUCACACCAAAUCAAGAGAGCAAAGUCUGUGGAGAGUACAAGACAGUCAACGACGAGUGAAGGCCACGAUGAUUUCCCUCCAGGCUCCAGUGAUGAAACUCAACCGUCACCUACAAAAGGGAUGGAGAGGUGUGGUGUUUCUGAGGAGGAGAUGCGGUUACAACACAUCUGCCCAGGUGGAGGCCAAUCUGUAGAUGUGCAUAUGAUCAGUGUGGAAGCAGGAAGUGAAAUCCUCCUGAACAGCAGCUACACCGAGGUCCACAUCACAGAGGGACAGAGUGAAGCGGUUAAUACCCAACAUGAGGUUUGGCAGCUUGAGUCAGCCUCCAAGAUCAGUCAGCCUCCAAUCAAGUGUCAGGACAUCUUUAAAGUCUUACCGGACCAACAGAAACACAUCAGAGUGGUUCUGAUGAACGGCGUCGCUGGCGUUGGAAAAACCUUCACAGUGCUGAAGUUCACUCUGGACUGGAUACAGCGCUCCGAAAACCAAGAUAUCAGUCUGCUGAUUCUGUUCUCGUUCAAGGGGCUGAACUCAAUCAAAGAUGAGCAGUACAGUCUGCUCAUGCUGAUCCAUGUUUUCUAUCCAACAUUACAGAAGCUCACAGCAGAGAAGCUCGCUGUCUGUAAAGUUUUGUUCAUCUUUGACGGCCUGGAUGAAAGCAGACUUUCACUGGAUUUCAACAACAGUGAGGUCGUGUCUGAUGUCACACAGAAGUCAUCAGUCAGCGUGCUGUUGACAAACCUCAUCAAGGGGAAGCUGCUUCCCUCGGCUCUCAUCUGGAUAACUUCCCGACCUGUAGCAGCCAAUCAGAUCCCUCCUUCAUGUGUGGACAGGGUAACAGAAGUACGAGGCUUCACUGACGCCCAGAAGGAGGAGUACUUCAGGAGGAGAUUCAGUGAUGAAGAGCAGUCCAGCACAAUCAUCUCACACAUCAAGACAUCCAGGAGCCUCCACACCAUGUGUACCAUCCCAGUCUUCUGCUGGAUCACUGCUACAGUUCUGGAGCCAAUGUUGUCUACAGACCAGAGAGGAGAGCUGCCCAAGACCCUGACUGACAUGUACUCACACUUCCUGUUGGUUCAGACAAAGAGGAAGAAGAACAAGUAUGAUGGGGGACCUGAGACGAGUCCACAGGAGCUGACAGAGGCUGACAAGAACUUUCUUCUGAAACUGGGGAGGCUGGCGUUUGAACAACUGCAGAAAGGAGACAUCAUGUUCUACCAAGAAGACCUGGAGCAGUGUGGUCUUGAUGUCACAGAGGCUACAGUGUUAUCAGGAGUUUGCACAGAGAUCCUUAAAAGAGAGAGUGUGAUCUUCCAGAAAUCAGUCUACAGCUUUGUUCAUCUGAGCCUUCAGGAGUUUCUUGCGGCAGUGUAUAUUUUUCAUUGUCAAGCAAACAAGGACAAUGAGACAUUGGAGGCGUUCCUCGGAAAGGACUGGGGUAGGUAUCGUAGUCAUUACCCAUCCCUGGAAAUGUUCCUGAGGAAAGCUUUGGAUGAAUCACUUAAGAGUGAAAAUGGCCACCUAGAUUUAUUUGUCCGCUUCCUUUAUGGCCUGUCAUUUGAGCCAAAUCAGAGGCUGUUAGGAAGCCUGCUGGGUGAGACAGAAAAGAGUCCAGAAACCAUCCAUAGCGUCAUCCACAACUUGAAGGAGAGGAGCACUUAUAACAUCUCUCCUGACAGAAGCAUCAACAUCUUCCACUGUCUAAUGGAAAUAAAUGAUCGUUCAGUACAUCAAGAGAUCCAAAAGUACCUGAAGUCAGACAACAGAUCAGAAACAAAACUCUCUGAGAUUCACUGCUCAGCUCUGGCCAACAUGUUGCAGACGUCAGAGGAGGUCCUGGAUGUGCUGGACAUGAAGGCAUACAGGACGUCAGAGGAGGGUCGACUCAGACUGAUCCCAGCUGUGAGGAACUGCAGAAAGGCAAAACUUUCUCACUGUCGACUAUCAGAUGGUCACUGUGAGGUCUUGGCCUCGGCUCUGAAGUCCAACCCCUCCCAUCUGAGAGAGCUGGACUUGAGUAACAAUAUCCUGCAGGAUUCAGGCGUGAAGCUUCUGUCCAUUGGUCUGGAGAGUCCACAUUGCAGACUCAAGACUCUCAGGAUGAGUGACUGCUGGCUGUCAGAGAGCUGCUGUUCUUCUUUGGCCUCAGCUCUGAAGUCCAACACCUCCCACCUGAGCGAGCUGGACCUCAGUAACAACAAGCUGCAGGAUUCAGGAGUAAAACAUCUGGCUGCUGGACUAGAGAGUCCAAACUGUAGACUGCAGACUCUGAGUUUGAGGCACUGCAGCUUGUCAGAGAGCUGUUGUUCCUCUUUGGCCUCAGCCCUGAAGUCCGCCCCUUCACAUCUGAGAGAGUUGGACCUGAGUUAUAACUACCUGCUGGACUCAGGGGUGAAGCUGCUGUCUGCUGGACUGGAGAGUCCAAACUGUAGACUGCAGACCCUCAGACUGAUUUUCUGCGGAUUGUCGGAUAGCAGCUUCUGUUGUUUGGCCUCUGCUCUGAAGUUCAAUCCCUCGUAUCUGAGAGAGCUGGACCUGCGCGACAACGGACUGAAGGAUUCAGGCGUGAAGCUGCUGGAGACUCUGAGAGUGAAAUGA